CAAGACAUCUCAAACUUGUGUCCUUCAGUACAAAAAAAAAUAAUAAUGUUUUUAAGGAUUUCAUAAGAUAACCCAAUGAUCAAAAUGAAAGCACACAUCAGUAUUUAAAGUGUGUUACCACUUUGGGAGGAAAGGAAAUAAUAAUUCUGAAAGACCAUUUCACUACUAUAUGCUGAAGAUGACUUGUGCAAAUGUGAUGUCGAGGUUUGGCCCGCCGGUCUCCGUGAGGUCUGUGGACGUGGCCGUGGGCUUCAGGUGCAGAGGAUCACCAAACAUCAACCACCUGCUCGGCGUGUCUUCACCCAAACCCCUGCGGCCCUGCAUCGCCCAUCAGCCGGUGCUCGAGUACCGACACUCCCCUUCGACAGGCCUCAUCACAGCCAAAAGCAGCCGCAGGGAAAAACGCGUCGCGUUCGCGGACGCUAAAGGACUCUCGCUCAUCACGGUGCGCCUGUUCUCCGAGAAACAGGACAAGAUCCCGCUGAAAACACCACGGCUGAAGAAGCUGGGCUGCGCUAAAGAGACCGUUAAUAAUGCUUCGAGGUUGAGGCUUGGGUUCGAGCAGCCUUGUAGAGAUUUCCAGGCGUUCAGAAGUCUGCUUCAGGAUCACAUGGUUGUGUUGGAGAGCUGUCGCGUCACCAGGUGCUCCAUCCUCGGCACCGUGCGCGUCAAGAACGUCUGCUUUGAGAAAGCGGUACAAAUCCGUAUAACUUUCGACACCUGGCGCAGUCACCAGGACGUGGCGUGUACUUACCUGGAUCAGAGUUACGGGGAACCUGGAACCGACGUGUUUGAGUUUAACAUCCGCGUCCCUGAGCGGAUAGACCCGCGGGAGCGCAUCGAGUUCUGCGUCUCUUACUUUCCGGAUGCGUUCAGUGCUGCUCAAUGGGACAAUAAUAAUGGCAACAACUACUGCAUUCAUGUGUGUGACUGAAAGUGCCGUUUUCUAAUGCCAGCAGGUUUACACUGCGUCUGAACAAACCCGAAACUACAAACUUUGCACUGUCACCUGCUUGCUGACCCGUUUAGCACUGACUAAAAUGCUGUCCCAAGAUCACAGAGUGCUUCUCUGAGCACUCCGAUGUAUAUUUUUAAAUGUAUUUGGCAAAUCCUCAAAUAUGUAUGAAUCUCACAUAUACUGUGGAAAUGUUUAUUAAACCUUGCAUGCUGUGGAAGAUA